AGUUUAACCGUGGCCAAUUUACUGUCCUUCUUUAUCAACGAUGUGCCUGCUAUUUGCACCUCUGACCUCAUCGACCCCUCUAGCCAGCCGUAUUCAAGUCUAGCUUUCUUAAUGAGCAGUGCGAUACGAUAUCUCAUUCUACUGCAACCAAACCUACAAGAAUUCUUUGAAUCAUGUACUAUAUCUGGAUCACCAACGGCAGUGUGGUAGCGACCUAUUAUGUCUCGUUCAAUCAAUCUGUCCAAUACUUCAGAAAGCGCCCUCACAGGUCUGAUUGUAAACAGCGUCGAGACCGAUGGCAUCCUUACGACGGCAUAGCCUCCCAAGCCAACAUUACUGUUGAUCCUAGUUCUGUGGAAAUAACAAAAAUAACUGAGGAAUGUUCUACUUCUUACUGUUUGAAUGGAGGGAUAUGCUCUUUGCUAAAUGGAUUGAGAGUUUGCCAAUGUCCCAUUGGUUAUGAAGGAGAUAUUUGUGAGAUAGCUCCUAGCACUCAGGCUCCUUCCACUCUGGAUGAUAGUACCAUGGCAACAGAAAGCAUCGCUCAGACGACCAAUGAGGAAUCAUCAUCGCAGAUACAAAUAACCGAGGAAUGUUCUACUUCUUACUGUUUGAAUGGAGGGAUAUGCUCUUUGCUAAAUGGAUUGAGAGUUUGCCAAUGUCCCAUUGGUUAUGAAGGAGAUAUUUGUGAGAUAGCUCCUAGCACUCAAGCUCCUCCCAUUCUGCAUGAUAGUACCAUGGCAACAGAAAACAUUGCUCACGAACCAAUGCGGCAUCAUCAUCGCAGAUACCUGGUCUCUCUGAUACAGAUACAAUUGGUAUAGUGUUUGGUGUGCUGGUGUAGUAGUCAUCUUCAUAUUUAUUGUUUGCUUCUGCAUCCACAUCUCCCACUAUCGCCAACAAAACAUAAUGCUUUACUCCAAGCCACUGCCCUACGGCACCGCCGAUGAUGACAGCCUGAGAGGUUUGCACAGCAUACCUUACGCUCAACAUGCUGGACGUUCCAACUUGCGUCACAAUGGCAACUCUGACCAGUUCAGAUUGCCCUUGCACUUGUUUGACACAGAGGCUGAUUUCAGUGAGAGAACGAGUGAUGGAUUCAGAAGCACCACUGAUCUUCGUAUGCAGCAGCUAGCAAAAGUCAUCACACACUCACCAUACCUCAAUGAGAAGAUGCAGUCCCAGAUUACCGACGUCACUAGCCCAUCUCGCAUGAGGGCUGCUCCAAGAUCAGAGUUUGUACGUCCUUACCUUGCAACUGGACAAGAAGGAGAGUUUAUAUCACUGAAAUGAAUCAGAGGAUGCUAUUGGUCCAGCAGGAAGAUUCCAGACACCUAGAGCUCAUGUACCCUGGGGUCUUCAGGAAAGUCACAC